CCAGUCUACUGUACUAAAGAACGACAUACAUGAAAGAUGGCGAAUGAGGGGAGAACGUGUAUUACCUCAGAUUGUGGGAAAGUUUCCCGUUUACAAUGCCCAACAUGCAUUAAACUGGGCAUCCAGGGAUCGUACUUCUGCUCUCAGGAAUGUUUCAAGGAGAACUGGGUCAAUCACAAACAGGUUCAUAAGAAGGAACGUAUCAGCCAGCAGCUCAAUGCUAAGGUCUACAAUCCAUGGCCAGGAUACAGGUUUACUGGCAAACUGCGCCCCUACCCACUGUCGGAAUCGCGGCCUGUCCAAGAAGGCAUUGGGAGGCCGGAUUAUGCAGAUCACCCAGAAGGUUAUCCAACCAGUGAAAUGGCAGUGAAAGGAAGCACCCAGAUCCGUUGCCUGACCGCUGAGGAAAUUGAAGGCCUGAGGGUUGCCUGUAGGCUUGGAAGGGAGGUCCUAGACAUUGCUGCCACCAUGGUCAAACCGGGCGUCACCACUGAUGAGAUCGACGAGGUAGUCCACAAAGCCUGUGUGGAGAGAAACUGUUACCCUUCGCCUCUGAAUUAUCAUAAAUUUCCCAAGUCCUGUUGCACGUCGGUGAAUGAGGUCAUAUGUCAUGGUAUACCUGAUAAGCGACCCAUGGAGAACGGAGACAUCAUGAAUGUUGACAUCACGGUUUACCACAAUGGUUUCCACGGUGACCUAAAUGAGACUUUCUUUGUCGGAGAAGUUGAUGAGAAGUCGAAAGAGUUGGUAUCCGUCACAUAUAGGUGUCUUGAAUUGGCAAUACAAGCAGUCAGGCCGGGUGUUCGCUAUCGAGAGAUUGGAGAUAUUAUACAGAAACAUGCUCAAGCUAACAAGCUGUCCGUGGUCCGGACGUACUGCGGACAUGGCAUUCAUAGGCUAUUCCACACGGCACCAAGUGUGCCUCACUAUGCAAAAAACAAGGCUACAGGUGUGAUGAAGCCAGGACAUGCAUUCACAAUUGAACCAAUGAUAUGCGAAGGUUCAUGGAGAGAUGACACCUGGCCAGACAACUGGACGGCGGUCACUCAGGAUGGCAAGCGGUCAGCCCAGUUUGAGCACACAUUACUUGUCACCGAGACGGGCUGCCAAAUCCUUACAGCGAGGCAGGAACGCAACGGACAGCCACAUUUCAUGGACCAGAUGUAGAAAAGGGGGGGGACAUAUUUCCAAAAUAAAGACUGGCUUGUGCAUUUCAUUUGCAGGAGCAACAUGAGCCGUUGUUACAUUAGAGUGAGGGCAGAAGGGCACCAAGAAAGCCUUCCUUUGCUAGGUGUUUGAACAAAUCUGACAGAUGGUGCUGCUCACUAGAUUGAGCAGAGCCACGCCCCUCCCCCCUAACCUGCCAAUGAGCCACAACCAGCUAAGGGGCUUGAUUUUCAUUUCGUAUUUACCAGAUCAUGUCUACUUUUCUUCCAAGAUACAUGUACUUGGAAGGGUUUUUCAAAUCCCGGAACAUUAUGUAAUUUUGGCUGAUCCAAUUUAACCUGGCUACAGACUUUCCCGGUGAGUUUUCAUUCUUUUACCGAUUCAAGAAAUGAGGCAAGCUCCAUUAUUUUAUGGCAAGACUUGACUGAAUUUCUCCACCCUCUUCUCUCUGAAAGGAUGGAGUUUACUUUGGUACCUGCACCGGGCAUUUUGUUCUCUCUGUAAAGUAGUGUUCAUCAACAAAAUCAUUUUAAACUUGCCAGCCGAGUGCAAACUCGAUAUUGCCUUUGAACUCAGUAGUUUGGAAGAAAAUUAACACUUGUAAAUCAUCACUAUUGUAAGCGGAUAUGAUACCCUCUGUAGUUACAGUGUUAAACUCACACGUGCGACACUUCCAUGGAGAACUACCGCCGUGUCGGCACGUCAUGCAUGUGCCAUGUACCAGUCCUUGAGAUUCUGUAAACAUAAACUCCAAGAUGUGGUUACCUCUGUGACAUGUCAUGUCACAGACGUCAUGUCACAGAUGUCAUGUCACAGAUGUCAUCCAUGACAUGUCAGAAGUGGCGUAGCAUUGCGGUAAAUUUUGAGCUUGAGAUAUCGGGAAAGCUCGGGAGGAGUUGCAGUGUGAAGUGAAAUUGCUUCUUGAGGCACAGUAUCCGUUUUUUAGCUUUCUAUUUUACCAGAUGAGAAGUGAAGGAGACAAACUACAGAUUACUGGGGGUAGUCAGUGUUUUCAUGGACUGUCAGCAUUCAAACCAGAAGUAAGAUCCACUGUCGCACUUGCCCUUAACAGGAUCAGAUGAACUGGAUAAAUAUAAAAAGCAUGGUCAUAUUUUGCUGAAGUGUGAUCCUCCACAUCUAGGAUACUGACUUAGAAAGGCCCCCAGUCAUGAAACCUUGGGUGAAAUCAACCGUUAAGUACAUGUACACGGCGCAGCUAUGCCCCAAAUGCGAGGCAUAAAGCUUGCAUAUGGUGCAAAGCUACACCACUUAUCGUGAAACCAGCAGGUGCAUAUGCCUCACUCCAUUUGCUUUGGCGUGUAAUGUUUGUUAAGUACAUGUACUGUACAUGUAGAACUUUCUGGGGGAGGGGAUUUUGACGGUCCACCCACGCAUUGUUUCAUACUUGUGUAGAAGUACUGUGUUUUUCUCCGCUGGUAGAUCCCAGAGUUGAAGCAUUUCACGUAGAAUAUUUAAGAACCUUGUAAAUGAUCUGGAAACUGCAUCUAUAGCCAAGAACCUGUCAUUGGUUACUUACGCAUAACAUCUUGUAAGAAAUAAGUAGGUGGUCUUUGACCUGGUAUGCUGUAUUGUUGUGACGUCAUGUUAGACAUAUUUUGUCAUAUAAAGACUGCUCAGAGUAAUAAAUCCAAGUGAAAUGGAAGAAA